CGACGUAAGCGACAUCUCAUCUCGUAUCGUUUCCUGGAGGUUGUGACGAGCAGCUCUCCUGCGGGCCGUCACGGCCGCCCUCGAAACCGGCCCCUGUUCUGUACUUCGCUCACUCUUGCGAAUCUCGCAAUGGCUGACAGCGAGUUCGAGGAAUUUCGGCACUAUUUCGAAAGGCUACCCCAACAUCUGAAGGCACCACUCUCCAACUACACGCUCGUACAUGAUGUGAUGAUCGAUGACUCUCCGACGUUCUCGCAAGGAAGCGAUGGAGAGGUCGGCAGAUCCUGCGAUGUCGUCACCGGCGAUUCCGAGGACGAGGAAGUCGUCGUCAUCCACCGGCAUGACAACCAAAGUGGGCAUACCACUCCCGAUGACAGUGAGGAGUUGGAUCAUCAUUGCUCGAUCGUAGCUGACAGUGAUUUUAGCAGGGGUCGAUCGGUAGGCGGUGGCGGACCAGGACCGGGCGGGGGUGGUAAUACUAUGUCUGGUAACGGAGGCCGAGAUAGUGUCGUCAGCGAUGUCGGGGAUUCGUGUUCCAGUUUGAGCUCCUGGCCUACGCCGGAGCACGUGCCGUCGAACCGACCUGGAAGUGGCGGCACCGAACGUAGACGUCGAAGACUGCCGGAAAUUCCUAAAAGCAAAAAGUCUUUGCCCAUGUGUCAGACGUCCAUACAGACGUCGACUUCGCUCGCAGACGAGUUGAGUGCCGCCACCGGCUCGACAUCGACCCGGCCUCAUCUUGUCUUAAGGAAAUGUCAUCCCAGACUGCGCCAUGAGGACAGCUCACCCGACAGCGAGAGGAUGGCCACGGACAGCGGUCAUUCUACCGCUCAUUCUCCCGACAAUGGCCCCAAGAGUGUGUCUCCUAUACCAUGUAAUACUCUGCAGAACACAGACUCAGUGUCGCCCAGCAGCACCCCAGGAAGCGGAGGCGUACCAUUCACCCAAUUGGAACUGCUCGAGGCAACGCAUCGAGGCCUGCACAAGUUCAUAUCACGGCAUCAUGAUGAAAUUGAUCUUGAAAUUGGAGACCCCAUAUACGUGCAAAAAGAGGCUGAUGACCUCUGGUGUGAAGGCGUGAAUCUAAGGACAGGCCGGCAAGGUAUCUUUCCAUCAGCUUACGCGGUCGAUAUGGACUAUAGUGAUUUUGAUCCUACCGCGCCUAAAGUGAAGAGAGAAAGAUAUCUCCUAGGUUAUCUAGGCUCGGUGGAAACCUUGGCACAUAAGGGUACGGGAGUGGUUUGUCAGGCAGUGCGAAGAAUUCUUCGCAACUCCUUACAGGAUCCACCCGUCUCGCAGAGCUGCAUUUUGGAGGUAUCCGAUCAGGGUCUUCGAAUGGUUGAUAGAAGCAAACCGCGA